CUCAAAAAUGUUAUUAAGACAGAUAGAAAUUUGUGGUUAUGGCUUAUGGUUGUUUACACUGAAAUAUCACAGCAUUUUAUGUGUUUUAUUCUAUUCGUAACCGGAUAUGACGUUUCGUCUGCACUACCUGCAUUGCGUGAGUUUUACGUAGCUCAGGCUUGGUGAAUGUCAUAAGACGAUAGAAACAUCCCCAUGCUAACCAAGUAUUUUAACAAGAGGCACUUAAAAAAUAACUUCCCAACAUAUUACAUAUAUAAAGUAUGGUUACUGAAUAUGUUCAUACAUUUGAAAAAUAACUGCCACAGCACGUGACGUCGCAGAAGCGCUCUCGUAAAAGUUAGCUCACGGAGGAAGUAAAAAAAAAAAAAAAGCUCAAGGAGGAAGUGACGUAGUCCUUGCACAUGCGCGGGACCGUGUGCGUUCCGGGUAGGUGUUGCGCAGUGACAUGCCCUGCGCGGGGUUUGCCGCCAUGAUGGUGAGCAGAAUCCAGAAACAUUUGCAUUGUAAAGAUGCCCUCGGCACACUGCUAAGCCAUUCAUUUCUCUAAUAGACGGUCCAAAAGACCAGAUUUGUCAUUUUGCAAGUUGCCCAAAAACAGGCACGUGUGAUAAAAUGUUGUAAAUUUAUAACACUGGUUGUCGCAAAUAAACAAAACAGUGGUAAGACUCACAAAGUGUAUAUUGUGUGGGACUCCCACAAUAUAGUUUAAAUUGGUUUCUCAGGGUGAUUAGUUGAAUUUAUGACAAGUCAGUGAUUAUGAUGAUUUAGGUCAUAGUCUAUCAAAUGUAUUGACAAUGCCAGUACUUAAAUAAAUGUUAAAUUGUGUAACUACUAUCCAUAUAACAUAAGUAGUAUUGUUUUAUAUGUUGAUUGUUGUAUUGGUAACAUUGUAAGGAAGGAAUAAAAGUCAAAGGAAAAAGUUUUUUCAUUCUGCUGCUGAGGUUUUUUUUUUGAGCCAGGGAAUACAUUGUGCACCACUGUCCGCCUAGCCCCGCCCACCUCUCUUGCUCACCAUCAUGGCGGACUUUCUGCUCCAUGCACUGAUCUGUAUUGUAUAUCUGGAUAGCUCAUACGCCGCACGCCGCCGUGCAAGCCGCUGAAGCCACAGAGACGCCAUCUUACCACUCACAUCUCGACUACAUUGGCACAGCGUACAUAGUGUACAAAGCAGAUGAAGAGGCUAACAGAACAUCUAUAUUUGACAUUAAAAAGCGGGGAGAUUCUCCCAUUCCUUCAAGUAACGCAACCUUCGUCCCUUAAAAAACAUUUGAUACGUUAUUCUCUAUCUUUUGGCUAUAUUAAAUGUACUUUUCCCUUCCAAUUCUCAUUGCCUUUGGGACAAAAUUCUACUGUGCACCCUGGCUCAGCACUCCCCUAUAGCAAUGAUAGUUUUACUCCUCUAGAAAGACAUUUUCAUUUGAACUGCAUAUCCCAUCCCUUUUUCCCACUAAAAUCCAUGGUCAUGAUGCUUUACUUUUUAUUCUUACUUUCAUACAAUUCACUAUACUCUCGUCUGUACAAAAUAUGAAUCAUAAAUCAUAAGAGUGACUUUGGACAAGUUUUAAAAUCAUUUAACAUUUUGAUGAUUUUUUAUUUGUUUUUGUUUGUGUCAUGAAAUAGAAAUAACCUCUUUUCUGAUCUAGAAAUAUAUUUGAACAAAAGCCACAGGAAUAAUAUGUGAUAACCAUAAUGUGUAAUAACCAUAAACACACACAGAAAAAAACAACAACACUGAAACACAACCAUAAACUUUGGGUAAGACAAUACGUUGUUUGCAAUCUCAAACAUACCGCUAUGCAUGUUCAGUAAUAUUAUUUUCCAGAACAUAUCAUAUAUAUAAGUCAGUCAUUCAGCAGCAAAAAAAAAAAAAUGUUGUUUAUCCAAAUGAAGGGUCAUGCCGGGUCAAUUGUAUGCCAACUGGCUUGCUAACUGCACUGUAUACAAUGCCUGGUAAGCAUCAUGGAAGCACUGAGAUUCUCCCAUUCCUUCAAGUAACCUCCGUCCCUUAAAGAAAUACAUAUAUCAUGAUAUAACAAAAAAGUAGGUACAUUUCCUCUUAGCUAUUAUAGAGCUAUAUAAACUUACCAAUUCUGGACAUACAUUUCAUCAGAGGAAUUUUACACGAUCGAAAAUAUCUGAGAGAUGGACAGUGCAAAACCCUUAAAUGAUCAAUCACAAAUCUACAUUUCAAUCAUACUUACAGGUGAAAUGUUUGUCCACAGCCUUUGAACUGGCGAUUUGUGCAGUUAAUAGCUGCACAUGCAGGCAUCUUAAGGCAAAAUUUGUGUCCAAUCCGAAUUAAUAAAAUAAAUUCACCACAAAUGCUUGUCGAGAAGUGUUUCUUGCGAGGGGCAAUAUGGCGGCCGUGUGGCUUCACAAGUCAUCGCCAGUGGGCUAUCCAGAUAUAUAAUACAUAUCAGUGGCUCCAUGACGUACUACACUCUGUUUGAUUCAUUUGCGGCAGGCCUAUUCAAUUCUAGCGUCCUUGGUGUAGACUUAUGACCAAGUGGAAAUAAUUUUGCGAGUCAUUUUGGGGGAUAAGACAACAAAAUAUCAGGAGAAUAUCGGCUGGGGUGAGUCAUGCCGGUGUUGCUAGAUGUUGUUGACUUGUCGGUUCUGGUCACGUGACGGCGAAGGUGUGGUGACGUCAUCGUUCUUUGGAAAGAAGCGGUAAAUGCUUACACGUUAUCUGGAAGCCGUUUUCAGAACCCAGGACGCCGUUCCGCUUGGAUGAAAGGCAGAAACGACCAAAUACUUGAGCUGAAAACGUUUCCGUGUAGCGUGAUUUGAGUCUUUCUUACGCUAAUCGCUGUGAGUCGGGGCCCGAAUAGCGCCCCUCCCCGCACGUCUGAAUAACCAAUAGGCGUGCGUUUCUUUCUACAAACACAGAAAUCAGUUUCAUUUGAAACUCGUUCGUUCGUCUUUAUUAGCUUUGUCAACAUUCAAAAUGGUGGACGUUGGUGUAGGUGAAACGCCGUGCAAGAAGGAGGAAUUGGAAUCCGCAGUCAGCGUCGCUCCAGCGUCCCAAAUGGUCGAAAACGGGGUUCUCGCCGCCCUCCAGAGAAUAGAGGAAUCGCUUUACUUGGUCCACCAGCGGUUGGAGCGAAUAGAAUCAUUUCAUCAGGAGUGGAGGGCGAAACGGUUGCAGCCGGCGAAAAAAGAGACGAGACGCGGGAAAAACUGCACCAUUUCAGAAGUGGUGAGGAGACUCCACAAAGCCCAAAACGACCCCACCAACAAAUACGAUGCACAAACAAGUGUUUCUUCACCCCAUAACACAAAGGUGACGACAUCCCUGGUCCAGAAAGUGUCACUGUCUUACCCAAAUGUGGAUCCUGAGACCAUAGUGGCCUGCUGCAAAACUUAUUUUGAAACUGUUCGACGCAGUUUCAAAAGCCAGGACGAGAGUCUGGAAGAGAGGAGGAAGCGCAGGGUCGCCGCAGCAAAGAAACAAAGGAAGAGACGACUGUACAACGCCAGAAGUUCUGUUGUCCGCGGCGCUGAAAAGGCUUUAUGGAAAAGCGCUCAUAUGGAGCUCAUGUCAGAGGAGGAGGACGCCAUCUUGGACGGAAAGCCCGUGUGGGUCGUCCGGCCUCCGCCUCGUAGCCGCGAGUUAACAGCGCUGUGCGGGGUGCUGCAGCAAAGACUCGAGGCUGACAAAAAGUAUGCCGCAAGUCAUCACCAGAGAGUUACGUUGGACGCCGCAUGCUUUUAAACACUUUUUUGUUGGACAAUGCUGGACGUGCUAACAUUACUGCUGUGAUAUCAUGUCUACUCAUUCUAAUCAGAUGAAAUGUCAGUUAAAAUGGUGAAAACAUGCAACCAAAACAAGCGCUUUCAAACUCAUUUGGCCAAAGGCAGCAUAAGAGUGUCUCAUAAGGUGUGAAAUGCUGAAGCAACCAUGGGAUUAUUAUCCAUGGCAACUGACCCACCCCCCACGGAGCCCGACGUGUGAACGCAGGCCCCCAUACAGGUCUCUUCAUGGAAUUCAAAGGUAUUCGGUUUGAGACACAUUGGCUUAAAUGCUGGCUUGCUUUGUAUCACUACAUCAUCGUUUUGGUGCAUCCUGCUUCUGUUCAUGCUGGAAUUCUUACACAAAUGUGUUGGUUAUUUGUGAAGAUGCCGUCCUGGUUUUAAGGUGUUCCUGCCUUUUUUAUGUUACAUUUUUACUUGUUUAACAAAAUUUGCUUUCUGGCACUUUUUUAUUUUAAGUUGAUCAUAGCCAAUUUUAGUAUUUAUUUUAAAAUAUUUAUUGUAAAAACAAAUGGUGAGAAUUGUUACAUCAAUAAAAAUGUCUUUUUUCUUUACACACACAUCAGGUGCAUUCAAGGACACGCCGACUUUCGAAUAUCACAACAUCUUUAUUGUGCGUGUAUGUGUGGUCUUUAAAUCAGGGGUGUCCAAAGUGCAGCUCAGGGGCCAUUUGUGAGCCACAAUAGUUUUUUUAUUGGUCUGUGACACACUCUGAUAAUAGAAUAAGUAAACACAAAAAUACUAAAAAUGGAAAAAUCUGCAGUAAUUUAACAAGAAUAAAGUCAUAUUAAGAGGAAAGAAAGUUGUGGUUUUACAAGAAUAACGGAGACAAUGGAGGGCAGACUCACAUGGCUGGACACCCGAGACCUAUUUGGAUCGGGUGAUAAGCAUGUGGAGGACUUGUUAUGGAGACACGACUCAGAACAACACUUACUCAGGUGCGUUCGAGGACACGCCGAACUUUAUUAUGCGGGGUGCUGUGUGGGACAGAGACGAUGAAGGGCAGACUCCCGUGCCUGGACACCCGUGGCUAUUUGAAUCAGGUGAUAAGCAUGUGGAGGACUUGUUUUGGAGACAGGAGGUAUCUAACCUCCAGCAGAUAAUCACAGCAAGUGAGUGUGACAUGAACGCAUACAGUAUGCAUGUUAGUAGAUAUUUAAAACUGAUAUCCUGACAUGGCCAAUGGAUUUUCGGAAGAUGUACAGUAGCUUGACUGACAUUUUCAGUCCGAGUUUGAGCAUGCGGCGUUUAGUUCUCAGCGUUCAGCUGAGCUUCGUACUCUUUGACAAUCUCGAAGUGGUCCAGCAUGAAGGCGUGGAUCUUCUCCAGCUGUUUCUCCGUCUCGUUGAGCGCCACGCCUAGCUUGUCGCAAACCUUCC